CUCUCCCUCCCGGACCCUUGCCUCCAGCCCGAAACCCUCGUCUAUGUUAGCCCCGCUCUCCGGGCUUCGCUCAAAACCAUCGCCUUCGUGACCGAUGCGUUGCGAUACAGUCGCCAUUAGGAUCGUGGCGUGCAGAGCUCACUGAAACUCCCAUCCUACCUGAAUCUGUUGAUGAACUUCAUUUUGUCCAAACUGACCGUCUGGCAAGAUUCAACUUAAUUCCAGGUUAAAUCCUAGUCUAAAUCCACUGUCAGACGGCCCAUUAAUACCUCAGGAUUUGAAGGCAGCUCUUUGAUACGACGAAACAUGGGUAUCAUUGAGAAAAUUAAGGAAAUUGAAGCCGAAAUGGCUCGAACUCAGAAAAAUAAAGCUACAGAGUAUCAUCUUGGACAACUGAAGGCGAAGAUAGCGAAACUAAGGACACAACUAUUGGAGCCUCCUAAGGGUUCAAGUGGAGGCGGAGAAGGAUUUGAAGUCACGAAGUUCGGCCAUGGCCGUGUAGCGCUAAUAGGAUUUCCCAGUGUAGGAAAAUCAACUCUACUUACUCUUUUAACGGGUACACGCUCAGAAGCGGCAUCUUAUGAGUUUACCACGCUUACCUGCAUCCCUGGAAUUAUCAACUACAAUGAUACAAAAAUUCAACUCCUAGACCUUCCUGGGAUCAUUGAAGGGGCAUCAGAAGGCAAGGGACGAGGUAGACAGGUUAUUGCUGUGGCAAAGUCCUCGGAUAUUGUGUUGAUGGUUCUUGAUGCGUCCAAAAGUGAGGGGCAUCGUCAAAUUUUGACAAGAGAAUUGGAAGCUGUUGGCCUGAGGUUGAACAAGAGGCCGCCUCAUAUAUAUUUCAAGAAGAAAAAGACGGGAGGCAUUUCAUUCAAUAGUACUUGUGCGUUGACUCACGUUGAUGAAAAGCUUUGCUACCAGAUUCUCCAUGAAUACAAGAUACACAAUGCAGAGGUUCUCUUUCGUGAAGAUGCUACUGUGGAUGAUCUUAUUGAUGUAAUUGAGGGUAAUCGAAAAUACAUGAAGUGUGUUUAUGUCUAUAACAAGAUUGAUGUCAUCGGUAUAGAUGAUGUCGAUAGACUGGCUCGUCAACCAAAUUCAGUGGUCAUCAGCUGUAAUUUGAAGCUGAAUUUAGAUAGAUUUCUCGCAAGGAUGUGGGAGGAAAUGGGGCUUGUGAGAAUUUAUACAAAACCACAAGGCCAGCAACCAGAUUUUUCAGAUCCCGUUGUUCUCUCUACUGAUAGAGGUGGCUGCACUGUUGAAGAUUUCUGUAACCACAUUCACCGCAAUUUGGUGAAAGAUGUAAAAUAUGUGCUUGUCUGGGGAUUAAGUUCAAGGCACUACCCACAGCAUUGUGGGCUAUCACAUGUUCUCGAAGAUGAGGAUGUUGUUCAGAUUGUAAAGAAAAAGGAGACGGAAGAAGGUGGAAGAGGCCGGUUUAAGUCGCAUUCGAAUGCUCCUGCUCGCAUAUCAGACAGAGAGAAGAAGGCUCCUUUAAAAACUUGAUCAUGGAAGACAUUGGAUUCUUCGCUCUCAGAGCCCCAAUUAUAAAAUAGACACCGUAUGCUUGAAUCAUGAUAUUUAUUAUGUGCUAAAUUUUUCAGCCGACAGUUAAAUAUGGUGGACUUCUUGCUGGUUUUGCUGAAAUUCAACACCAGUUUUGUAUUUGUAGAGAGUGAAGAUUGCCUCAUGUCUUGUACCAGGCUAGGGGUUCUUUGAUACUGAAUAUUUAUCUGCCUUAGCCAUAUGUCAAAUUUGGAAUAUUGUUGUUUUGGUGCUAUUUAACUCAAAUUAGUGUACUUAUAUGUAAUCUUCUAUAUUUGAUUUUUGAAAAUGA